CCCCAGAGCCGCGGGCGAGCGGAGGGCGAGCGUGCGUGAGGGUGACCCUGCCCGGCCGCCGGGGGUGCGAGCGUCUGGGCCGAGCGCAGCCACUUGGGCGCCGCCGCCCAACGGCCACGCGCCCCGGGGCCUUGGGUGCCAACCUGGGCGAGUCGGAAAAGGGGCGAACGUCUCGGGGCGCGCCCGCCCCACCCCCUCGCAGCCGGGCCGCCGCAGGGCCCCGGGCCGCCCCGACCGCGGCCCUGGGAGCCCCGCUCCCCGCAGCGGCCCCCGGGGGGGAGGGCUGGCCCCUGAACUCGCCCGUCCGGCCCAACCGCCCCGGCGGCUUCUCCCAGCGCUCGGGGCGGCCCCGGGCGGCCCUGCGAGGCGUCGAGCGCGGCCCCGAGAGGGAGCCUUCGCCCAUGCGGCCCCGGGGGCCGACCGCGGCCUAGGGCACGCGGCUCCGGGGGCCUGGCCCACCCCGCGGCCCCCGGGACGGCACGGAGCGCGCGCCCUUGGAUGAGGUCCCGCAGCGACGCCCCGGCCCGCCCCGCUCCUCCUCCUGCCCUGCCGAGCUGCCUCCCAUUUGGGGAGUUUUGUGGGUUUUCUUUCUCCUCCUCCAACCUCCGCGGAGGCCACGACUCAGGCGCCGCAGCCGGGGGCCGCCUCCACGGUCCGGGGCGGCCGCUGCUGAAGUCAGCGAAACCGAGCUCGGCCUGGAGCAGGCCGCGCGGGAGGCCAAGGCCAUGGCCGCAGCCACGUCGGCCCAGCUGGCCCGGGCACUCUACGACAACACCGCUGAGUCCCCCCAGGAGCUGUCCUUUCGCCGAGGGGACGUUCUACGGAGUGAAGCUCCUUCCUGCUGGCACAGCACCCCAGCCCAGCCUCACCCAGGUGCCCCCAGCCCAGCCUGGCUCACCAUAUCCAGCCCCAGAGCAUGGCAAUGAGGACCAGGAGGUAUAUGUGGUGCCACCCCCAGCUCGGCUCUGUCCUACCUUAGGACCACCAGCCGGACCCUGCCUGCCCUCCCCUGAUCCCAUCUACAAGGUCCCCAGAGGGAGUGGGACCCAACCGGCUGCCCCCGGAGAUGCCUUGGAGGUCUAUGACGUGCCCCCCGCUGCCCUCCGAGUUCCCUCCAGUGGUCCCUAUGACUCCCCUGCCUCCUUUACACGCCCUCUGGCCCUGGUUGCCCCGCAGUCACCUGGAGAGGAUGAAGCUCCCUAUGAUGUGCCUUUGGCCCCAAAGCCACCAUCAGAGCUGGAACCGGAUCUGGAGUGGGAGUGGGGCCGGGAACCAGAGCCCCCCCUCUAUGCUGCCCCUUCCAACCUGAAACGGGCAUCAGCCGUGCUCAAUCUGUACGAAGCGCCAGAGGAACUGCUAGCAGAUGGGGAACGUGGAGGCACUGAUGAGGGCAUCUACGAUGUGCCCCUGCUGGGGCCAGAGGCACCUCCUUCUCCAGAGCCCCCAGGAGCCUCGGCCUCCAAUGACCUGGACACCUUGGCCCUGCUUCUGGCCAGAAGCCCCCCACUCCCACACAGGCCCCGCUUACCCUCAGCUGAGAGCUUGUCCCGUCGCCCUCUGCCUGCCCUGCCUGUCUCUGAGGCCCCCAGCCCUUCCCCAGCUCCAUCUCCUGCACCGGGCCGGAAAGGCAGCAUCCAGGACCGGCCUCUACCCCCACCCCCACCCCGCCUGCCUGGCUAUGGGGGCCCCAAGGCUGAGGGGGAUCCAAUGAGUGAGGAGGUAGAGGACGAUCCAGCAGGACACCGCAAUGAGUAUGAGGGCAUCCCGAUGGCUGAGGAGUACGACUAUGUCCACCUGAAGGGCAUGGAUAAAGCUCAGGGAUCUAGGCCCCUGGAUAAAGCCUUCCCAGGGGAUCCUGAACUGCUGGAGAGGGGGCCACCAGAGCAGCAGGAGGCCCUGUCCCCAGGGGAGCCACUGGAUCUGCCCACCGGAGACCUGCAGCUCCUGCACUUCUACGCAGGGCAGUGCCAGAGCCACUACUCAGCACUGCAGGCAGCCGUGGCGGCCCUGAUGGCCAGCACCCAGGCCAACCAGCCCCCACGCCUCUUCGUGCCCCAUGGCAAGCGGGUAGUGGUGGCCGCUCACCGCCUGGUGUUUGUUGGGGACACUUUGGGCCGGCUGGCAGCCUCCGCCCCUCUGCGAGCGCAGGUUGGGGCUGCAGGUACGGCGCUGGGCCAGGCAUUGCGGGCCGCCGUGCUGGCUGUCAAGGGGGCCGCCCUGGGCUACCCGUCCCACCCUGCGGCCCAAGAAAUGGCACAGCGCGUGGCAGAGCUGGCCGGGCAGGCCUUGCAAUUCACCACUCUGCUCUCCAGCCUGGCCCCGUGAGGGCCCCUCGGCCCUGCUCUGCCCCUCUCCUGCCUACCCCUUUUGGGCCUUGGGCAGCCAGAGAGCUCUGUUUUAGGGACCAGGAGAGGUGGGGCCAUCUUUCCGGUCUUCUCAGUCUCUCACAGAGAUGUCCCUCCCCCUCCCGCAGCUUUUUGUACGAGCCGUUUUGUAUAAAUUAUUUAUAUUUAAUAUUAUUCCCUGCUUUGUCAGGGGCAGGUGCCGGGCCCUUUGGGGCAGGGAGGAACUGGUCUCUUCCCUCGGCCUGGGGUGGAGGUUCUUGGUCACAACACUGCCACCCACCUCUGGAAACUUGGCCCCACAGAAAUCAGGUGACUGAAACCUUGGGUCACUUGGAACCCCUGUCUUGUCCUGGUUCUUGGCUCUAAAACAUCAGCACCUCACUGUUAGCUGAGGCUGAGGGCAGGACGUUGACUGCGCAGAAGGUGGAGGUCUGGGAGAGGCCCGAGGGCUCCUCCCCCCAGGAGGCAGGACGGAGUGGGGCCUCAGUAAGCCCUGCUCUCUGGUUCUCUGAUUCUGCUUCUUGGGUGCUUGGGGAAGGGGCCGGGCCUGAUGCCCCUUGGCCAAACCUACAGGACACACACUGUGGACAGAAUGUCCUUGGGUUUGGGGGGAGGUUUUGCUCUUAUUUUCAACAACUAUUCAUUCGGCGGGCUUCAGCUCCCAUGAUGUGCCGAGCACAGUCCUGAGGGUACAUUGUGGAGUGGGGUGAAUAUAACCGAGUCAGUUAAAAUAAGUAAAUAACAAAAUAAACAGGGUGAUGUGAGGGACUAACUGGUUGAGGGAGAGGCUGUUGAAGGAGACUUUGGACAGGAUGGUUGAGAGGUGAUAGCUGAGGGCCCAGGGAUAAGAGCCCCAAAGAGAGUCUGAGAACCAGCAUUCCCAGAAGGCAGACACUGAUUACUGACUGGUGGCCUUUCCCCCAAGACUUCAUCAUCACACGAUAUCAUUAGAGAGGUGCACGUGUGGAGAGAUUGGCCUCACGAGAACCUUGAAAGGUGCCAUGCUGAAGAGAUCACCCCAGUGAGGUCUGUCUUCAGCUUAGCGCCACAGGAGCACUCUGGCCAACUGGAAAGUGCUGCUGGCUAACCUCUCCUUAUGGGUGCCCUCUCUUAUGUUAACCCAAGAAGGUCUGGCCCCUUGAAUCCCCCUUCCCAGUCCUCCUGCUGACCAUCCUUCUGGAGGAGGUGAGGGGCCAAAUGAAUGCAAUGUGUCAUUAGUCCAUAGUCCUCAAGCUUUGGUGAAAUUGACAAGCCAUGGCUUAGAUGGAAGAUCACUCCAGGCACUUCCACUGGAAGAAGUCCAAGCCACCGAUCCAUUGCUUCAUUUGUGCUUUCCCCAGACACCUUGGCACUGUGACUGUGACUGGAUUAGAGGCACCCCAAACUUCAAUCACAAUCUGAGUCUCUUGCCCCACUCUAUGCAUUUGCCUUCUCCAUUUUGGGUUCCUUCUUUCUCAUUUCACUCAAAGAAAAUUCACUUCCAGAUUCUGGGGUCACCCAAACUUACCCUUGGGUGUUGAAGAUUUUAUAUCAGGGCUAUUUUUCAUCAUCUCCCAAAAAGAAUGUCAAGAGAUCAACCUGGAAAUAGAGGUUUCAAUGCAAGCCCCAGAUCUGCCUUGUGCCUAUCUGCAAGUAAAUCUUGUCAGUCCCUUUGAGUCCAGGCUUUAUCUUUAAUAAGAGGAUGAUCAUAAUGGUCUCACAGGAUUGUGAGGCCAUAACAAUAAAAUGCCUGUAAAUGGCCCAGUGCCACAUAAAGUUUAUUAUGUAUAACUCCAGGACAAGGAUGCCUGGGUGGGUCAGUGGUUGAUCCCUGGAGUCCCGGGAUCAAGUCCUGCAUCGGGGCUCCCUGUGGGGAGCCUUAUUCUCCCUCUGCCUGUGUCUGCCUCUCCAUGUGUGUCUCGUGAAUAAAUAAAAUAUUUUUAAAAAUAAUAAUUCCAGGACAGACACAAGGACACAGACAAAUACCCAAGGAAUGUUGGCUGUGACAGCACCAAAAUAAAUCCUAAGGAGAUACUGAAAUGAUUUGGGGUAGGGGAGCAGUGGGAAGCUGCUUAACAUAUUAGAGCUCCCGUAUUUGGAAAAUAUCUGAACAGAGGAGACAAAUUGGAAGUGUAUUGUGCAGUGGAGAGAAGAGGCAAUCGAUUUCCCGGCUGAGACUAACAGGACACCCCUUUCUAGUCCUUAACCUUAGACUAGAAAAUAGAUAUUAAAUACCUAAUAGAUAUUAAA